CGUUAUACUACAGCUGGGCGCCAGCUGAUCUGUCGGAUAGAAUAUUGAGCGAGAAAAGUCAAUAAAUGUUGCUUCUUUUUUAAGUACCACAUAUAAAAUAGUAUUUUCGUGAUAAUAAAUGAAUUCAAUACAUUGCUCAAUAUGGCUGUUCAAAACAUUGCCGUAAAACUUUGUGGUGUAUUGCAAGCGCAGACUCAAGAAGAGGUGACAGCUAGAGAAUGGCGCUUGCUUGGACAAGAGCAGGACGGCUCACAAGUAUUAUCUUGGGUUUCCGUAAAGGAAGAAAAAGAAGUAUUCAACAUUGGAGUUUAUACCAACAAAACUAAAACAUUAUCAACUCUUCAUACUUUUCAUGAAAAGUUGAAUGUCAUUCAGGCUUCUGUGAAUGCUACACACAGUCUUUUAGCCUAUGUUGUGAAAGUGCUGUCAACUGAAGAAAAUGAGAUGAAAGAUCCAGUAUAUUGUCCCUAUUUGGUGAAUUUGCUUCCGGAACAAGACAGAACCCCUGAGGCUGUGGAAGAGGGAUCCACAAAACAGAUAAUGGUUCAGUAUGUCUAUGGAAAGAGCAAUAAGUAUAGUCCUGGAAUCAGGAAUGACCGCUUUUUGCUGUUUAAGCAUUUGGAAUGUAUCAAAAUUUAUCGGACCCCAAUGUUCUUGAAUGAGCGUGAUGAUGGCUCAGAAAAGUGGGGUUUUGAUGGCAUCUACCCUGAGCCCGAGACAAUUGUCAAGGUGUUCUCGUGGGCACAAUGGGAUUGUGCCAAUCAGGUGCUCCACUACAUCCACCACCGAGCGCCGACGCAGAGCUUCGCGGAGGGAGAGGAAGUGAAGUCUCCGACAGAAAUGACGCCAACACUCUCCGCGCUGCAGUUCCAUGCUGACUUGCCUCACGAGACUGUCCUAAACAUCCCACUGAAUCUGCCGCACCUGGUGUGCGCCAGCGAGGGCGCGGCGUGCGGCGCCUACGAGGACGAUCCCGUGCCGCUGCGGAUACACGACUGCUCCCUUGAUCUACUUAUCGUGUGCGACCCGAGGGGCGUGCUGUGCAUCUGUCACCACUACCUGUACAAGCCGCUUGACGAUUCCACAACGUCCCUCGUGCUGGAAGACAGCGCGGACCUGAAGGAUUCCGGCGUUAACUUCGCGUACUCUAUAACGCUGCUCCAACACGGUUGCGUCGUGCACUGCGUCGUGCCGGACCUGCCGUGGACACGCGCCAAAUCACUGAGGCCCUCCUACGUCUUAUAUGAAGAAAACCACCUCCUCGUCACAAUACCGAUGCUAUUCACUCACCUAAUCGACAUCAGCCUCUACCACGAGCCGUGUUGCCACAUCGUCAUACCCACGGACGACUGCGACAGCGGCCCCAGCCUUGCCCCACUGCUGGGUUGGGGGCCCCACGCUAUGGUCGACCUGAACACCCUAGACGUGGUCACAAUGGCCGUGGCGGAGAAAGAUCUGGCAAACACUUUCAAGAGUCAGUCCGUGGUGGAAAAUAAACUGGCUAUAAUGCAUUAUUUGAUACAGCAUGACGGGAAUAUGGAGUUGGCUGAAGAGCUGAUAUCGUGGCUCUGUGUGAACCAACGCGAGGGAUUCGGUGGCCUCCAGCGCGUGAUGCAGGAGUUCCUCGUCGGGACCGCGUACGCGCUGACGCGGCGCGCGCUGCCGGCCUCUGCGCUUGGACUCAUGAAGAUGUUGCCUUUCACAUUGCAUUUGAAGUUCGCCGAUGUUAAGGUCCGUGACAUAUGCGUAUCAGUGUCACAAGAGAAGCUGUGGAACAGUGCGGCGGUGGUUCUCUCGCCGAGACAGCGAGUGUGUCAGUUCGCCGAAGAUGCUUGGACGAGGUUGUGGAGUGCGCUGAGCGCCGCGAGGCCGCCGCGGCUGCAGCCCACUGCUGUGCUGGACAAACUGAAAGUCAGCCUGCAUUGUUACCAGCCGGAAGCGUUGUCCCGCAGCAGCACACCGAUGUCACCGAUAGCGGCCGGCCCCAUCGGAGCGCCGCAGCGCCGUUCGUCUCUGGUCGCACACGACCUGCUGCCCUUCUUCGAGGUGGACGUCUGCACUGCCAGCAAACAGGAGCAUGUCAUUGCUGCGAAUCUCCGCGAAGUGAGCGUGCACCUAAUGAAGUGGAGCGGCGAGAAGGCGAGCGGGGGCGGUGGCGGGGGCGCGGGUGGGGGCGCGGGCGGGGGCGCGGGGGCGCUGGAGAGCGGGGUGCACGCGCUGAGCACGCGCUGGGCGGCCGCGCAGCUGGACGCGGCGCGCGCGCUGUGCCGCGCCGUCACGCGCGCUAUGGCCGCCACUCCUGCGCAUAACCAGCAGAGGGGAUUCUCCUUUAUCGAUGAAAUGGAUCCAACCCACGCGUUCUUGCUCUUCAAAGUCCUGGAGCAAUACUACCUCUCAGCGGAAUCUAUUGCGUUCCCGUUACCAGCGGGUUUCACUUCGUUCUUCACGUAUCUGGGGUACCGCGCGCUGCCGUUUCAUUCGUUCGUUCAAUACGUUCACCGGAACGUUUUCGAACUGCAGAUUGACGUCAUGAAGGCGAUUAUUGCAGCGAAAGACGACGACAGCAAAUCGGUAAACGAGAAGCUGCGUCUCAUACAGCUGGGGGGCGAGGGCCGCGCGCGGCGCGCGCUGUGCGCGUGGCCGCAUCGCGCGGCGCUGGAGCUGCGCGCGCGCGCGCACGUCGUCGCUGUGCUCAGCGGCGGCGCCGCCAUCUCCGACCAUCGGGUGGAGCAUAGACCUGUUAGAGAUACAGGUAUAGCCGCGCUACCAUCCGGCUCCCGGCUGUCGCCCCUGGACACGUUCCUCGCGCUGCUGACCGCCAAGGCGAGUCUCCACGAACUGGAUUUUAAUCUGAUCAUAGAGGCUACUCUCGCUUCGGUACAUCAACAUGCGUCUGCUUAGACUAAAUACUAGCAUACACAGUAAUCAUUUCCAAUAUUCAAUGGAAAAGACGCCCUCUGGCUGACAACAACAUCCUUAAAAGACAACGUCCUAAAACGACAAUUUACAACACAAACAAUUCAUACUUCAGUGAAGUGCGCUUUACUUUUCUCUUAAUAAAACUGAAUAUUUUUUUCGUUAAACGUGUCGUUUGUAAUUUUUUUUUCUCACACACCGGUUUCAAAAUUGUGGGCCGAAGUAUUGUCUAUUUUGCUAUUAGCAGUUUUAGGAAGUUGUCAUUUUCAGCACGAGGCUUCCCGUAUCAGUAUGACUCAAAAAUGGAAUAAAAAAAUGUGUAACAACUUACCAACACAUCUGUUGGAUUAAAAAUUGUGAUUUUUCAGUGAUCAUUAUAAGUAGUUGCAUGCCAUUAGAAACUAUAUGUAAUCUUGUAUGUUAUCAAUAAUGUUUUAGCAGUAUGAUUGUAAUGUAACCAGUAUUUUGAAAAGGUCUCAGUCCGCAUUAUUUUUAAUGAAAUAUGUAUUUAAAAUCAUACUUUUUUCUAACAAGUUUGUUAGACAAAUUAAAAAACCCCCGAUUUUCAACAAUCAUUUCGCUACAACUUUUGAAUGACUGAACGAUUUUUGAUCAAACAUAUCAAAGAACCACCGCAUAAAAUUAGCUAUUAAAUAAAUAAAACUGCAUCCAAAUCGGUUCACCCGUUGAUGAGCUACGGUGACACGUACAUAAACACCACACCCCAGUACAGAUAACAACCCUCUUUUGCGUCGGGGGUUAAUAUAUCUAUUAUUUAGUUUUGUUGUCUUACAUUGUAAGUUAGGUAAUAUUUAUAAUUAUACAUUCCAUUUGCCAUUUAGUGUAUUGUGAUGUGGGAACCAAAGAAAAGCACAAACAUUUUGUUGUAUUUUUUUAUUGGUAAAUUUAUAAUUUUGUGCAAUAUUUGUUGGUGCAAUAUUGAGUUUUUAAGUCAUGAAAUUAACACAUCUUAAAAAAAUCGUUUUAUUUCUAUAUACAAUAUCCCAACUAUCAACUGCUGCUUAAAUAACGACGCUCGCCAGUCCUAUUCAAAUUAGAGGAUUUUUAUUCGCGGAAACACGGCGCGCAUAUC